CAUGACGUCGUGUAUUAGCUCAAGAUCGUAGAGGGGGAGAGGAAAAAAAAAAAGGAGGGGAGUGUGGUGAAUCGGUGUUUCGUCGUUUCUGGGGACGCGUUUGUAUAUAGUGCAUGUAUGUUUUUUGUAUGGGUGUUCUGUCGUUUCUUACCUUUUGCCAUGCGUAACUGCAAUACGCGGAGGAAAAACCCCGACUAAAAGAUCCGCCUCGCUUCUUCUUUUUUUUUCUCUCUCUAACAGUCUGUUUACGAACGGAGCAGCUUGCACAAUUUUUGAUAGCCAUAUUAUUAUAGCCAUAAAUAAGAUAACAACAACAACAGCAGCGCCGAAACGAUGCAUAUUUCUACCAAAUAAUAGGACACCGGGGCUUUUUCCCCCCUUCUUUCUCUGGCGGGUCCCAUCCGGAGGACGCACUGUUAUCUUGACUGAGCGCAUCGGAACUAAUAAUCCGCUCACACGAGGACGACACGGAGCUCUCGUUAAUGCGCUCCGGCCUUCCCUCCUCCUUUCCUUCCUUCCAACAGGCCAUCGCGGAUUCCCCUCGUCAACAGCCGGACAAGUAACUAUACCGGCAGCAUACGAUCCAGCGAUGGCACGGCUAUUGUUUCUGAUUGUUCUCUAUGCUCUUCCAUCCCUUGUUGUGCCCAUACAUAAUUCAUCAACUGGAGGCUGUGCCAUCAUCCGGCCUCCCAGGGAUGGGGGGAUCCGCUACAGAGGCCUGACACAAGAACAGAUCCGCAGUGUGCAGAUCCUGCCUGUGGAUUACGAGAUCGAGUACAUCUGCAGAGGAAACCGGGUGAUCGUUGGACCCAAGGUCAGGAAAUGUUUACCCAACGGCACAUGGACGGACAUAGCGCAGCACAGCAGAUGUUUGCUGCUGUGCCCGCGGGUCUGGACUUCCCUGGAGAACGGCCGUGUGAUGGCGAAGCCGAUCGGGCUGCCAGCGGAAGGGACGGUGCUCCAUUACAGCUGCCACGCCGGCUUCAUCCUGGAGGGCAGAAACAUCAGCCAUUGUACUAAACUGGGCAAGUGGGACGCGCCUAAACCCACCUGCCUCUAUGACAGAAACUACACAGGCAAGAAGAAGCUGUACAUCGGAGCGCUGUUCCCCAUGAGCGGCGGCUGGCCGGGAGGUCAGGCGUGCAUGCCCUCCGCUCAGAUGGCCCUGGACCUGGUGAACAACAGGAGCGACAUCCUGCCCGACUAUGAGCUGGAGCUCAUCCACUACGACAGCAUGUGUGACCCGGGAGAAGCCACCAAGCUGCUGUACGACCUCCUGUACACGGAGCCCAUCAAGAUCGUCCUGAUGCCCGGCUGCAGCGGUGUCUCCACGUUGGUCGCCGAAGCUGCUCGUAUGUGGAACCUCAUCGUGCUGUCCUACGGUUCCAGCUCUCCGGCUCUGUCCAACCGCCAGCGCUUCCCCACCUUCUUCCGCACGCACCCCUCGGCCACCCUUCACAACCCCACCAGAGUGCAGCUCUUCCAGAAGUGGAAGUGGACCCGCAUCGCCACCAUCCAGCAGACGACUGAAGUGUUCACCUCCACUCUGGAUGAUCUGGAGCAGAGGACGAAGGAGGCAGGCAUCGAGAUCAGCGUUCGCCAGAGUUUCCUCACCGACCCGGCUGUCGCUGUCAAGAACCUCAAGCGCCAGGAUGCAAGGAUCAUCGUGGGGCUCUUUUAUGAGACUGAAGCCAGGAAGGUGUUUUGUGAGGUGUUCAAGGAGAAGCUGUAUGGGAAGAAGUACGUGUGGUUCCUGAUCGGCUGGUACGCAGACAACUGGUUCAAGAUCAAAGACCCCGCCAUCAACUGUACGGUGGAGAACAUGACGGAGGCCGUGGAGGGACACGUCACCACCGAGAUCGUCAUGCUGAACCCCGAGACUGUCCGCGGCGUCUCCAACAUGACAUCACAGGAGUUUAUCGCCGCCUUGAUGUCUCGUCUGGGUGGGAUGAACCCCGAGGAGACGGGCGGGUUUCAGGAGGCUCCACUCGCCUACGACGCAGUGUGGGCUCUGGCCCUUGCUCUCAAUAAGACCGUGGCUCCUCUGAAGGCCAAGGGCCGACGACUGGAGGAUUUCAACUACAACAACCACGACAUCACCUCUGAGAUCUACAGGGCCCUGAACACGAGCUCCUUCGAAGGUGUUUCGGGCCAAGUGGUGUUUGACGCCCAGGGUUCCAGGAUGGCGAUGACUCUUAUCGAGCAACUGCAAGGAGGCAGCUACAAGAAGAUCGGCUACUACGACAGCUCUCAGAAGAACCUCUCCUGGUUUGGCAAUGAUGUUUGGAUAGGCGCUGGACCUCCGGCUGAUCGGACGGUGGUGAUCGAGGAGUACAGGUUCCUGUCUCAAAAGCUGUUUGCGGCCGUGUCCGUCUUCGCUGGCCUCGGCAUCCUGCUCGGCAUCGUGUGUCUCACCUUCAACAUCUACAAUGGCAACGUCCGCUACAUCCAGAACUCUCAACCGUACCUGAACAACAUGACGGCGGUGGGCUGCAUGAUGGCUCUGGCUGCGGUGUUCCCGCUGGGCAUUGAUGGCCAUCACGUCCACAGAUCACAGUUCCCGGUCGUCUGCCAGUUCCGCCUGUGGCUCCUCGGCCUCGGCUUCAGCCUGGCGUACGGCAGCAUGUUCACCAAGAUCUGGUGGGUCCACACCCUCUUCACGAAGAAGGACGAAAAGAAGGAGAAGAAGAAGCAACACUUGGAGCCAUGGAAACUCUACGCAACAGUUGGAGUGCUGCUGGCUAUCGACUUCCUGUCACUCAUGAUCUGGCAGAUUGUGGAUCCUCUGCACAUUACGGUUGAGAAGUUCACUAAGGAGGCCCCGAAAGAAGAUUUGGAUGUCCUGAUUCAGCCCUUGUUGGAGCACUGCAGCUCAGAGAAGAUGAACACGUGGCUCGGUGUGGUCUACGGCUACAAGGGUCUGCUGCUGCUGCUGGGCAUAUUCUUGGCUUACGAGACCAAGUCUGUCUCCACAGAAAAGAUCAAUGACCACCGAGCCGUUGGGAUGGCUAUUUACAACGUUGCUGUGUUGUGCCUGAUCACUGCUCCGGUGACUAUGAUCCUGACUUCGCAGCAGGACGCCUCCUUUGCCUUUGCCUCUCUAGCAAUCGUCUUCUCUGCCUACAUCACGCUGGUGGUGCUUUUUGUACCCAAGAUGCGGCGCCUGAUCACCCGCGGUGAGUGGCAGUCGGAGCAGCAGGACACUCUGAAGACCGGCUCGUCCACCAACAACAACGACGAGGAGAAAUCCAGGCAGCUGGAGCGGGAGAACAGGGAGCUGCAGAAGAUCAUCCAGGAGAAAGAAGAGAGGGUGUCGGCGCUUCGCAACCAGUUGGCUGAGCGACAGGCUCUACGCAACCGCCGCCGGCCCUCCACAGGCCAGAACCAGAACCACAACGCCCCACCGCCGUCGUCACAGCCGGAUCCCAAGUCCCUGCUUCCCCCGCCCGGCUACCCCACCACGGACAAUCACUCCCUCCCGCCUUCCUUCUCCAACUCCUCCAACCUCUACCCCGCCGACAGCAAGAUGAGCCGCAACCACUGUCACAACAGCCAGAUCCCACUGCUGUACAAAUAGGCGAGGCACGGAGGGGGGAGGGGGAAGAGGGAGGGGGCAGUCGCACAAUGCACACGGGGGACACGAAACACAACGAGACACUGUGACUUUCACUUGUACCGGCGACGAGCACAGCGGUGUUGUGACACUGUUUUGGUUUUUUUUUGUAAAAGAAAAACGGCGUGAAAGCACAAACAAGUUCCACAGACAGGAGUGUUUUACACUUGGCAGCUCCGGGGAGAGUCACGCAGGUAACACCCGUCCUCACAGUUUUGAUCUCACUGUGUUCAGCCCAGCAACGCCGCGGCGACAAGCACAUCUCAGACGAGCAGCACUUGAGAUCUCCUCUAAGGUCACAGAUCUCUCAGUCAUCUCCUCUCCCUCAUUCGUUAUCUCGUUCUGUUGUGGAGACACUCGAGGAUCUCAAAAAGGAAGUGUUCGUGUUUGUGUCUUUGCUAUAUCGUCUCCACCUUUUGUCUCCUCCGGUUCGUUGACUAGCACUUACAGUAGUGAUUUAUAUUGUUCUGUAAUAUCUGAUCUGUUUUCGUCAUGGAGUUGUUGUUGUUAAGUUAUUUGUUUACUUUUCAGGAGAGUUGUGAAAACCGACGUUUCACAAAAGGGACAAAGCAAUGUACAGUUUCUUCCGGUGUUCCCUCGGAGGAGCAGCUUGAGCUCGACUGCGUGAAAAAACUGGCUCCACUGGAAAGUGAUCAUGUGCAUUAUUAAAUAGCCAUAAAGUAGAAGGACCAAGGAGUUUGGCAUGUUUGGA